AUGCCCGGUCAUGAAAUCCAAGACUGCUAUACGAUGCUCCGCGUUAUGAACCACAUUAUUACACACGCGCCUCCGUGGGCCGAGGAUCAUGCCGGUGCUCCCAUUCUGGGGAUUCUUCAAUAUGUCAUUCCGACCGUGAGUGGCUACGCCGCUUUCAUUGAUCCCGAGGUGAACUCGAUGAUCAAAAAGAUCCUCGAUGCAUGGGGGGAGUUUUUAUCAUCGGCGGAAUCAACUGCGGUCCUUAAUACUUCGUCGACUGGUUGGUUCAGCCCUCCUGCGCUGGCCCAGUUAACGGCCACGGCAAAUAUUGGUGGCACAUCCUAUAGAUUCGACGAGAUGUACGUAUGCGACCCCAAUGCCACCUGCUAUGGCUUCCAGUCUUGGGACGCAUUCUUCACCCGCGAAUUCAAAGGAAAUAUCCGGCCCGUCGCUUCCCCGGAGGAUGACACCAUUAUUGCCAAUGCAUGCGAGUCCCGGCCCUUUACUGUGGCGCGGAAUGUCAAAGCCCGCGAUGCAUUCUGGAUCAAAGGACAGAACUACUCACUUUCCGAUAUGCUGGGGAACAAUGUUGGCGAUCUGUUUGUAGGGGCUACUGUCUACCAGGGCUAUCUAGACUCGUUCAGUUAUCACCGGUGGCAUGCUCCUGUUUCCGGAAGGAUCUCUAAGACGUAUCUACUGAACGGCACGUAUUACUCCAGCCCGGCCCCCAUCGAUAUGAAUCCUCCCGAUCACACUGUGGGAGUUACGAUCAGCUAUCAAACAUAUCUGGCCGCCAUGGCGACGCGGGCCGUGAUAAUAAUCGAGGCGGACAACCCGGAUAUUGGCCUACUGGCAUUCCUUGCCAUAGGCAUGGUGGAGGUAUCCACAUGCGAGAUCUCAGUCAAAGAAGGGGAAUACGUGAGAAAAGGGGACCAGCUGGGGAUGUUCCACUAUGGGGGAUCGUCGCAUUGUCUGAUUUUCAAAAAGGGAGUAAAUCUUACUGGCUUUCCGGACAUGGAGAGGAAAGAGAAUGUACCAGUUCGGGGCAAAUUGGCGGUUGUGAUGCGGGACGUGCAGGGUUAA